AUGCGGCGGUCUCCAAAUUGCAAGAAAGAUGUGGUUUUGAAGAGAGGACCAUGGACAGCUGAAGAAGACAAACUACUGACGGCUUACAUUCAACAACAUGGCCAUGGUAGCUGGCCUGCCUUGCCUGAGAAAGCUGGACUUCAACGAUGUGGAAAGAGCUGUCGACUGAGGUGGAUUAACUAUCUAAGACGUGAUAUCAAAAGAGGAAAGUUUAGUUUACAGGAAGAGCAGACCAUCAUUCAACUCCGUGCCCUUCUCGGAAAUAGGUGGUCGGUAAUGGCAGCUCACCUGCCAAAGAGAACAGACAAUGAGAUCAAGAAUCAUUGGAACACACAUCUAAAGAAAAGGCUAAUCAAAAUAGGUGUUGAUCCUAUAACUCAUAAACCUCGAACAGAUGCCUCAAGUUUCCCAUCUGGUUCAGGCAAAUAUGCUUCAAAUUUGAGUCACAUGGCUCAGCGGGAGAGUGCUCGGCUCGAGGCUGAAGCCAGGUUGGUCCGUGAGUCAAAACAGGUUGUGCCAAAGCCUAUCCAACCAAAGAACCAGCUUACCCGCCUCCUUUUGACGCGGCUGAGCAACAAUUCUACGGCUACACCAGGCAGACCGAUGUGCCUUGACGUACUCAAAGCAUGGCAAGGUGUAAUUGCUGGCAUGUUUGCCUUCUCCAGCCAGGAUCUUGGGUCCCUUACCUCAACUCCUAGCUUCCCAGACGGAACAGUUCGAGCCCCUAUCAUUGGACUCACUGCCACUGGAUCUACAGAUGGUGAAAUGGGAUUUGAUAAGAGUACUUCAGCUGGAUGGGGAGAAACAGCAAUGGAAUUACACAGCAAUGGAAGGACGGGCUUCAGCAAUGAUGCAUGGUUUGAGGACUCAGUGUUUGAUGUAGGAAAUGAAAAUGUAGCUAUUGCAAAUAUAAUGGAGGGUUUGUCAGAUGCUUUAAUUUUUAAUUCUGAUCCCUUAACGGCUGUUGAGAAAUCGAAUGAAAGUGGCAACAUAGUGGAGAAUAGUAACUGCUGGGAUAGUGUACUCAACUUGGUGAAUUCUUCUCCGUAUGGUUCGCCUGUCUUCUGA